AUGAGCCACAGCACCCUCUCCGACAGCAACAACGCGCUUGUCCAGAAUGCGCCGCCUCUUGCAGCAACCAAGAGCACAUCUCCCAUGCCUCUAGAAGCCCGUUCUGUCUCCUCGCUACCUAUAGCCCCUCAAAAUCCACAAAAGGACGCUCCCGAAUCCGGAACCAACGAUGUCUUGGACGCCGAGAAUGACUCCGAGGCUGAGACCUUGAUCGGAUCACCUGUCAAGAAACGCGACAUGCUCAAGCAGUCAAACUCCGCCCAGGCUCUAGAAAGCAUUGACGAGAUCCCCGAAAAGAUUGUCCUCAAACCAGAAGAGACUCAGGUUCAAAUUGCUUGUGAAGCUUCUAUCGAUAAGGCUCAGACUAAUGGCGACAAGCCACAGAAAGAAGAGGAGCAAUUGGUCGAAGAGGGAAUCAAGCUGGACGAGCAAACCACAAAUGCCAAUGGAAAUAACCAGGACAGCGAUAGUGACAACUUGAGCGAGGUGUCCUCAGUGCAAUCGUUCGAGGGCGAGAAUGGAAACGACAACGAAAUCAAUAACAACGAGAAUGAGGAUGAGGACGAUGAAGACGAGGAUGCAAGGUCGUGGGCAUCUGACAAGGACGGCGAAGAGCGAACAUCAAAUCCACGAAAACGCAAGCACACAGAUGUCGAUCAGCCGCGUCGGAAACGGAGGUCUAGCCAAGACCACUCGUCCUCUCCGCAACUGCGUAGACACCGCCGGACAGCCUCAGCGCAAUCAGUACGGCCAAGCCAGAGUCGGAGUAACAGCGGCCAACAUUUGCAUACAGCCGGCGUGGCACGGCAACGACGCGCCGCUACUCAUUUUCCGGUCCGCGAGACCAUGCUCGCGAGAAACGUCUGGGACUCGGACACCUCUUCUGAAACAUCACAUCAAUACCCCAAAAGCAGACUCACUCGAAACACCAGCAGAGCUGUUUCAACACCAGGUCGACCAAUGGGUUUGGCAAAGCGACACGUCAACAAAUACGGCUUUACUCGCCUGGCCGAGGCAUGCGAAAACGGCGAUCUUGACGGUGUCAAGGAGUGGCGUGAGAAAGACCCUGAGCAACUCGAACAGCGCGAAUUUGCAGGAAACACUCCACUCCAAGUUGCUUCUCUGAAUGGAUAUCCUGAGAUCGUGAGUUAUUUGCUCGAGCAGGGUUGCAAUCCACAUUGCGCAAAUGCGGACAAGGACACUCCUCUUAUCGACGCGGUCGAAAACGGCCAUCUCGAUGUUGUUCAAAUUCUUCUGAAGGCUGGAAUUAACCCUCUACAUUGUAACUUGAAAGGCCAACAGGCGCUCGAUGUUAUCACCAAAGAGACCGAUAACGCUACUGAAAUCCGUGCUGUUUUGCGCGACGCUAUUGAAGACUGGAACAAGAACGGCAGAUCCGAACAAACGUACAAUGUCGAAGAACCCGCUUCAAGACCUGGACCAAAACAAGGACUUCAAUUUCUUGCACGCACAUAUGAAAAUCUACUCAAGCUUGUUAGCGAGAACGAUAGGACAGCGGUCCAAGAAUUCCUUGAUGCCCGUGUGCCUGUGGACAAUAACGUUGUAGCUGCAGCGGCAAAGACUGGCGAUCUCUACCUGGUGAACAUGCUUCUCGCCGAGAUGACCCCUAAGAAGGCUCGUCAAAGGGCUGAUAGACCUAUGCUUUCUGUUAUCGGAACCUCCCACUUCGACAUGGUCAAGGCCCUCACCGAACUCGAUCAAUUUGAACCCACGUGGCGCUCCAAGAGUAGCAACUUGACAUGGUAUGAGAUCGCUGAAUCCAAGCAGGGUCCGAAGUGGAGGGAGGAGAAGGCGCUCUUACAAAAGCUGUACGAGAAGGCUGAAAAUGCUAGGAAACUCAGCUCUAGUCCAGUCGCUCGCCGUGAGCCUACCAAGAAACGAAGAAGAAGCAUGGAUCGUCAUAACGACUCUGACGUGGAAAUGGAAGAUGCUGAUUCGCCUGAGAGAGCACGAAGCAGAAGACGUCUGGUCUCUAAGAAGGACAUGCGUACAGAAAGCAGGCAGCGAUCAUCUUCAGAGCUCUCCGACGUUGCACCCCCUAGAAGACACGGCGAACGACCAUCGGAUCAGAACUCUCUCAAACCGCCUGGCCCACGAAAAGUAGGCCGCCCCAGGAAGCACAGCAAUUCCCACCUCUCCGAACCACAACCGAAGCGUCAACGCUCAUCUUCAAUGAUCGAGCCCACCGAGGAAGACCAUCAUGCAUACGACUCUGAAGAUGAUGCUCAGCAUGAAGACGACGACGAUAUCAAGAUGGAGGAACCCGAUCGCGAGGCUGCAGAAGCGGAGGCCACUCGCAAAGCCGACCUCGACGCUAAGGCCGAUGCUCAGAGAUUGGCGGAUAAGUUGCGCAAUGACGAACAGGUCCGGAAAGAGGAGGAGGCUGCACGACGCAAGGAAGCCGAGCGCAAGGCCGAAGAGAUACGUCAGCAACAUGAGCGAAAGUUGGCAGAAGACCGUCGUCUGGACAGGCAGAGAAAGAUACAAGCCCUUCCAAGUGCUUUGGCUCAUAUCAUCAGUCUAACAGAUGUUCGUGGCAAGGAGAGACAGACAUACAUUCGGAGACACUUCCUUCCUGUCCAGGUGGUCAAGCGAGCCGAGCUAGGAGAUCUGCCGGACGAAGGCAAAGCUGACGACCUCUGGAUGCUCAGUUAUCAGGCGGCUGCAAUACUCACAGGCGAAGAUGCGAAUGCUCUUCUGGGUCUUCCACUCGAUACCAAGGCAAAGCCAUCGUUACUCUCUGGGGUGUCAAUGUCUGAGGUGACUGAAGAGCAGCGUCGGCUCAUGCUGGCAUGUCUACAGUCAACGAGUUUGGUACAUGGACUCCCCUCGAACGAGGACAGUGAGAUGUCAGAAACAGGAAACCUUUUGGCCGAGCUCGCGGAAGCUGAAAGGGUCCAGCAACGCAUAAAGGAAGACCGAGCCAAAUUCCUGAACAUGGCUUCCCUUCGAUGGAUGCGGUUCAGCGAUUUCUACAACCUUGCAACAUCGGCCGAGUGCCCCCACCUGGCCGGGCUGGACAUUCAGAUGAGAUUCGACUGCUGCCUGGACCCAUUCUCUUUCUCAACAGACAUCAAGACAACCAACGGUACGAACGAGCACGACAAGGACAAUGAGCGAGUCAAUGGCACGAACGGCACCAGUGAAAGGGGCCUUUCCGCGGCUGGACCCGGAGUUACGACGAUUACGGUUGUACAGGAUUGA